AUGAGGGUGUUCUAUAUGUUCUCAUUACCAAUGACAAUUGGCAUGGUGAUUUUUACAUUGAGAUAUUUCUCUGGACCUGAUGUACCUAAAUAUGUGUUUUUCACCGUUGCUUAUACCUGGUUCUGCUCCCUCUCCAUCAUCAUCCUUGUCCCGGCCGACAUAUGGACGACGCUAAAUGGUAAUUACAAUGGAGUCAUUUCCUUCUUAUGGAGCUUAUCAUAUUGGAGUACCUUCUUGCUUACAUGGGCUGUGGUUCCCCUUAUUCAGGGUUAUGAAGAUGCUGGAGACUUUACUGUCAAAGCAAGAUUAAGAACAAGCUUACAUGGAAACCUUGUUUUCUAUCUCUCCCUUGGUUCUGUUGCACUUUCUGGAUUGAUAUUGCUAAUUGCUCUUAACAAAUUUUGGACUGGUAGCAUUAUGGGUUUUGCUAUGGCUUGCUCUAACACAUUUGGACUUGUUACUGGUGCAUUUUUACUCGGAUUCGGUAUGAGUGAAAUUCCAAAGGGUAUUUGGUUAAAUGCAGAUUGGACCAUUCAGCAAAAAUUUCUUUCCCACAAAGUUGCAAAAAUGGCUGUCAAACUAGAUGACGCUCAUCAAGAUUUUUCAAAUGCCAUCGUUAUCACACAGGCGACAUCAAAGCAAAUGUCGAAGCGAGACUCUUUGAGACCCUACAUGAAUAUAAUUGACAAAAUGAUGCAACAGAUGUUGAAAGAAGAUCCUUCCUUCAAACCACAGGGAGGGACACUAGGAGAAAAAGACAUGGAUUAUGAUACAGAUGAGAAAUCAAUGGCAUCACUAAGACGUCGUCUUAGAAGAGCUCGUGUGCAGUACUAUCGAUAUAGAAGUGAAUAUACCAAAUUUGUCCUAGAAGCCCUUGAGCUGGAGGAUACCGUAAAGAACUGUGACAGUCGUGAUGCUACAAGAUGGAAAUAUAUUUCAUGCUUGAGGCCUGAACGAAAAGGCAAAGUAGGUGCAGUUUUGGAUACAAUUGAGUUUCUAUGGCGGUGUAUAUUAAAGAAACAAGUUGAGAAAUCAUUGGCUGUUAUAUUAGGCUUCAUGUCGUUUUUCAUUCUAUUAGCAGAGGCUACCAUACUACCGAGUGGAGUUGACUUAUCACUUUUCUCUAUCCUAGUACAUGCUGCAGGACAGAAAGAAGUGCUUGUGCAGUUAGCUGCUUUUGUCCCUUUGAUGUAUAUGUGUGUUUGUACAUAUUAUUCCUUGUUCAAAAUUGGAAUGUUGAUGUUUUACGCAUUGACGCCAAGACAAACAAGCUCUGUAAGCUUGCUUAUGAUAUGCUCGAUGGUGGCAAGAUAUGCUGCACCGAUUUCAUACAACUUUCUCAAUCUCAUCAAUAUCGGCGGGGGUAGAAAAACCAUUUUUGAAAAAAAAAUGGGAAACAUUGAUGAUGCUGUUCCUUUCUUUGGCAAAGGAUUCAACAAAAUUUACCCGCUUAUCAUGGUUAUAUACACUUCGCUAAUAGCGGGCAAUUUCUUUAACCGAAUAAUCGACUAUUGUGGGAGUUGGAAAAUAUUCAAAGUUAAUAAUGAAGAUGCAGAAGAUAUGGACGGAUUCGACCCGUCUGGAGUAAUAAUCUUGCAGAAAGAGCGUUAUCUUCUUCAGCAAGGACACAAUGUUGGUGAACUUGUUUUCCCUUUAGCUAGAAGUUUCAGCGUAAGUGUGGAUGUCGAGUCUGUCAACAACAGAACCAAGGCUCUGGACGAGAGUACCUCGGGCGAAGAAAAAACGAGCAUCAUGGUAGAGGCUAAAAAUGAAGAAAAUCAGAUUGACAUGAGUAAAAGAAUUGGUGGCAGAAAGUAUUCAGCCUUAAGGACAAACCCGAACGAAGAAGGGUCGAGUAAAGAUUUCGCCCCGGAAAGAGAAUCUUCCUCUUUGACAAAUGAUGCUAAUGAUUCUCUUCAGGACAUUAGUUCAGCGCCAUCGUCUGUGGUAGCCACAAAAUGGGAAUCAAUGGUGAAUGGAUUUAAAAGUUUGAAAUCUAACAUUGACUCCAAGAGAUUCCUUCCUCUUAGUAAUAGUACACAGACAUCGUAUCUAAAUUCGCAAUCUUCGUUCGAAUCUCUUGAUGAUAUAUUUGAGAGAUUGAAACGUCCACCUUCAGAACAUAGAGAUUUUGGCGGUGACUAAUACAAUCAUAGAGCAUACUUCAAACAUGUAAUAGUAACUCAGCCAAUCUGCUUCCAAAUUUUGGUUAACAUGAACUUGAGUUACAUGUACAACUUAUAGACAUAAUAUCCUUUAGUAUUUAUUGUAAUAGGAACAAGUAUUUGUACAAUCAUGAAGUCACUGGUUUAGUGUAUGCUAUGUCUACAAUGAGAGAAUUACAUUGCUUCAUCCACAAGUAACUCAAUUUUGCAGAAAUCUGGUGAUGCUAACCGUCAAUAAUUGUUUCAACUACUUGCUGAGCUCACACUUGCUAAGCUGGAACUGGAGAGCUUAAAAUGUUUUGGUGGUUGUGAUCGCUCUCGUGUAAUAAGGGUAAGGAGAAUGUGAAUGAUUUAGAUAUUGUUGAUUGAUUCAUCACAUGUCUUCAUCCGGUUUGUUAACAGCAUCACACGUGAAAGUAUUCCAAGAAUGAUUCAUCUUCCUUCAUCUGAGUCAUCUCGAUUUGCUUUCUCAACCUCUGCAACUUCAUCCUUUUUAGUUUUUCAAUUUUGCCAUAUAAGUUCUCUAACUUGUCCCGCGCUCCUUUAGACGUUUCUUCUUCAAUAAUCUUCUCGAACACGUUAGGAUCCACACACCAGUGAAUCAAGAACAAAACUUUUCCAUCUUUCAUCAUUUUAUCCUUGUGUGCAAUCUUUUGUUCAUCAUCCGCAUUUGCUUCAAGUGUCGGUACUCGGACUCUGUGAUACUAAUUUGUUGGGACAAAAGAGUUUUCAAAAAAGAUGAAAGAAGAAGACGAAGAGAGAAAAGUGAGAAAACUGUAAACUGAACUUAUUAUUUCUAUUAGGAGUGUAAUUGUACAAAACUAUUACAUAGCAUACCUAUUUUUAGGCGAUCAAGGCUCAAGCCUAAACUUACAACCCAAGCCCCAAAACAUACUGAGUUAUAUUUUAACUUCGACACAACAGCUAAAUGUUGUAUUUGAAUCUGUCGAAUACAACUGACUCCUACUUCUUCAACACAGUCGAAUCCUAGUUUUUUACAAAAUAUUGAAUUACAACUUCUAACAGACGACGGGGCGGGGCGGGUUUAAGCAUUACCAACCCCGCCUCUACCUCCUAGAGUCAACCUUGUCCCCGC